CCACGGAGUGCGAGUCGGGCGACAGGAAUGACGAGUGGUCCAUCUAAACUUCCAGGGUUUCAGCCAGGACUUUGAAGCACCUAGUCAGUGAACAGCUACCUGUUUCUCUUGUAUCUGGCCGGACUUCUCUCUCAUCCCAUCACUCCCACAAUCUUUGCCCGCAAUGUCAGAGAACGGGUCAAUAACAACAGGGGUUUCAAACCGCAAACGCGAUGGUUAUCGCGAGUGUGACGACCCAGAAUCGGCCGACAGCCCCAAUGGAAUCGACCAUUAUCCACCGGAAACUGUCACAUGGCGAGAUCGCGUCGCUCACUUCACCUGGCCUUGGUUCGCCUGCACAAUGUCUACCGGAGCCCUCGCAGUAGUCCUCGGUCAAACACCAAACACCUUCACUGGUCUACAAACCAUUGGCAAAAUCUUCUUUAUCUUGGCCAUUGUGUUAUUUGUCGCGUUCACCGCCAUCAUCAUUACCCGAUUCAUUCUGGUACCGCAGAAAUUCCUGGCUUCGCUCCAUCACCCGGUCGAGUCUCUUUUCUUCGGAAGCUACUGGGUGACGAUUAGUUUACUCCUCAAUUGCAUACAACUAUAUGGUGUACCGAACACCGGACCGUGGCUUGUCAAGGCUCUCGAAAUCUUGUUCUGGAUGUAUGUGGCUGCUGUGCUGAUUGUCGGCAUUGGACAGUACUACGUUCUGUUCCAAUUGGAGCGACUGAAGGUGAACAAUGCGAUGCCUGCAUGGAUCUUCCCCAUCUAUCCAUUGCUAGUCAUUGGGCCACUUGCAGGUACCAUCAUUCCGAGUCAACCGCAUACCGCGGCCGUUCCGAUAUGGCUUGCUGGCGUCAUGCUCCAGGGAAUGGGUUGGUGUGUCGCUCUGAUGAUGUAUGCCAUCUACACUCAAAGAUUAAUGGUUAGCGCCCUCCCUGACCCUUCCACUCGUCCUGGCAUGUACGUCUCCGUUGGACCAGCCGGAUAUACUGCAGCUGCCCUCAUCUCCCUCGGCCGACAAGCACCAGCAGUCUUCGAGAGAAAGCAAUUCUUUGGCAUCACCUCACUUCUCGUCGAAGAUGUGAUCAAGGUCUUGGGGAUUAUGGCUGGUUUGUUUCUACUCCUCUUCUCUUUCUGGUUUUUCUGUGUGUCGACGAUCUCUGUGAUUGCUGGAGCCAAACAGAUGUCUUUUACUCUGAACUGGUGGGCUUUUGUGUUCCCAAAUGCCGGCAUGACUUUGGCUACUAUCCAGGCUGGAGGUGCUCUGUCCAGCGCUGGAAUCAAUGGUCUUUGCAGCGCUCUUACCAUUGCUCUUGUCAUUAUGUGGUUCUUUACAGCCAUUGCUCACAUUUUGGCAGUGCGAAAGGGUCAGGUCAUGUGGCCUGGAAAAGAUGAGGACAAAACGAUGAAUGGCAUCAGAUGGGGUGCUCAUGCUGCUUGAGUACCAUGGACAGGUUAUUCUUCUUCCAAAUAUUUCUCAUGCUAAGAUUUUAAUUUUCCUACACUUCAUUCCAACGCAUUCUAUACUCAUCACAAGCGAAUCUUUCUGGCAGGACGAAACCGCCGACAUACCCGGCUACACAUACAAGGAAAUCUCACAUUUCACAAAAAAGCCCAACGAGAUGCCGUUCAUUGAUUCCAGUAUGACGAACGCAGAGUUCAACUCCAACAAUCCGGAAUCAUACGUCUUCUUCUGCGUAGCGU